GCAGAGAGUCAAUAGGUGGAGGAUACCUUUACUUUAGUAAACCACAUUUUAGAAGCAGGUUACACAGUGACUCAAACAGGGCAUCAUGUCAGACAAGUGGGAUGCCUUGAGUCCCGCUCCAGAGGAAGCCGGCGAUGCGACGCCGGGAGUGCACUUCAUACAUCUGGAAGAAGUAAUGGACGUAUCUGAGGAGCAAGAUACCAAUGAACGACAAGAGCUGAGGAGAAGACUCCACGAGGCUGCGACCCGCUGCAGAGAGAAGAGGCAGAACCAUGACAGGUUGUUGGAGCACGGACUGGACCUGGAGGCCGAGAUAAACGAGACGGAGGCUGAGAAUAAAUACCUCACCGGCAAAGUGAAAGAGUUAAAACAGCAGAUGGAUAACAUAAGAAAAAGGAGGGUGAAGGAGGAGGAGGAGGGUGAAAGAGCCCUGCAGCAGGAGCUUCUGUCUGAGGAAGAGAACUGGGAGCGGAGGAAUCAAUUGACACGUAACAUGAGGAAGAUGGAAAAGGAGAACAAGAACCUGCUGGAGAAAAUUAAGGAUUCACCGGCUAAGGGACAUCAGGAACAAAUACAACUGCUGGGGACAACUGAGCAGGAGUACAAGCAAAACCUGGAGCAGGUUCAGGAAGUCCUGCGUGGAAAAGACGAGGAAAUAGAGCAGAAAUCCAUGACCUUGAUUCAAUUCAAUAACACGAUAGAGGAGAGUUUGAACAGCAUCAAGAAGCUCAAGCAGGAUCAGCAGAAACUCCGAAAGCAGCUGAGCAGGACACAAGAGAAGCAAAUAUUAGCUGCAUUGAGCUGCACCAAGGUGAAUAUAAUUUCCAAUAACCAUAUAUAA